UGUCGGAAUGGGGGGGGGUACCUGCGAGAUGCAGUCUGCACAGUCGUGCAGCAGCACUCAGUCAGUCUAGUUUGCAGCACCAGGGCACCGUCUCGCGACUCCGGGCUUCAUCGAUUGUUGCUCAAUGCGGCACUUCGCGGAUGUAGGCUAUUUUCAUGAGGUGCUGCCGAAGUUGAAAAUGGCUGACGCAGAGGGAGUACGAGGAAUUUUCAACUGAGAGAGCGGGGUGAAUUUUCUUGCGAACAUCUUCACUUCUUCGCUGUUCGUGCAGAGUUGGAGGGAGUCGGGAGAGAUGACGGAGGAAGGGAAGCCGUUUAACUGCCCUAUAUGCCUGGACCUGGCCUACAAGCCCGUCGUGCAGGGGUGUGGCCAUAUGUUUUGUUUCUGGUGCGUGCACCGAUCCAUGAACACCUCCACAGUCUCCCAUUGCCCGGUCUGCCAGAAAGCCUACAUCCACCAACCUCGAGUCGCCCCCCAGCUCCAUCACCUUCUGCAGCUCAUCUACCCCCGAGAAUACGAAAGCCGCGCGCUGGAGGUUGCAGCGGAGGAAUCUGACCAGAAUCUCUACUCCCCUGCGAUAGAGCCCCUCUCGUCUUCGUCCUCUCGUAGCCCUAAGACCACUCUCAACUGCAAUGUCUGCAAGAAGCUGCUCUGCAAGCCGGUGGCGAUGAACUGUGGCCAUCUCAUGUGCCAGUCAUGCGCCGUGUCUAGCCCGUCCAACACUUGCCGCGUCUGUGGAGUGUACCACCCCGGGCCAUUCCCGCUGGUUUGUGUCGAACUUGAGCAGUACAUGGAGAGAGAAUUCGCGCGCGAUCACAAGCUUCGGAAGGACGAGGUUGGUCGAGGAGCGUUCGCGGGCUGGAUAGUUCAGCCGGCUGACGAUCCCGACAAUAAUAGCACGGUCCACUCUAACGUGGGGUGCGACGGGUGUGGUAUGAUGCCCAUCCUUGGCAAAAGGUUUCAUUGUCUCGAUUGCCCGGAGAGCUGCGGGUACGAUUUAUGUCAAACUUGCUAUAACCGCGGGGUGAACUUGCCCGGGCGGUUCAACCAGUGCCAUACGCCGCGGCACCGCAUGGAGGAGCGGUCCUUACGAAGCCCCUGGAUCUUCGUCUGGGCCUGGUGAACCUGCCAGGGUUGUCGUGGAAGACGACGUCGCUGAAUUGAAACUACCCUCGCACACUCUCUCACAUACACACAAUCUUUUCUGUAGAAACCGGCCUUCAAUCUGUAGAUGUCUUUCUUAGUUUGUAGGCCGGACAUGGCUCACGAGCCUGAUCGCGCACAAUCAUGUUUGCGGACUCAUGUAACAUGAGCUGAAUCAAUUGUGGUGCGACUUGAGAGCUUGUAACUUGAUCACUGUCACUGGCAAAAGAUUGCAGAUCGUUGUUGUGGUCUAUGAACUCCGCAGCAAGCAAGUUUUGCCAGUGCACAUUGCUUGGUCGUUUGUUUCAGAUAAGCUUCGCAUUUUUUUCUGCGGAUGCAUAGAUCUGAAUUUGCCAUGGCAGUUAUAUUCUUAACCUCGUCGACAAACAAUCAACACUUUCGAACUGGUUUUUCUAUGUCGUGAUAAUUUGCCAGGAAUAAAAUAAUCGACAAUUUUUUUUUA